UCCGUGCGACAUUGGAACCAAUCAGCUCAAUCGUCAAUCUUCCCUCAGAGAACACAGCGAAAGUCACCUUAUAUCACGCAACGGCAAAAGAAUUCAUCAUGGGGGGACCAAUUGGCGAUGAGAAGGAUAAAGUAUUCUUCAUCAAUGAUGUGAAAGGGUAUUUCCUUGGAUUACCGCUCCUUCGACUCUUCAACAAUUAUUGCGAGCAGGAUGCAUUUGGAAUACCUACCAAUCCCCCUUUAGGAGAUAAAAGAAUAUGGAAGGAAUUUAUGGUGAAAAAGGCAGACCAUCGCAGGCGCUGCUCCUAUGUUGUUGAUUACUUAUUCCGGCACUUGGACCCUCGCAACUUUUUUCACAAGAGUCCAAUGAAUUGCAGAACGAGUUUAAUUCCUUCACACAAAAAUACAUGUUGACUUUCGUGCACUUGCAAAGCCAUUCUCAGUUUGGGCCUUUAUGUCCUGACGAAUUACUUCGAUUCAAUAAUCACGAUUCAGUCGACCUCCUGAGAGGUCUAAAUGAGCUAGCUUACACUGCUGUGAAUGAACUGCCAUGGCAUUUCUAUCGAUCGGAGCUUCCUUUCGCCCAACCCUCCUCGUCCAUUUACAAACAAUAUGAUCAUCUCUCUGAUCCUGUCCGGAUUUUCUCCGCUUUUGGCGAGUUCUCUGGUGGCACCAUUCCAUUGAGCGAGGAUUCGCUUAGGGCCCAGGAGGUCAUGCAGGCAACUUUGGGCGAACCACCAGAGGCAGGACGCAAGGCAAUCAAUUACAAAUUCCAAAAACCCGAUGUUCGCAAUGGCACUGUGACGUGCGCCGCACUAUCCCUCGAUGGUCACUAUGUUGCACUCGGAUUUGGCAGCGGAAUCAUCGAAGUGGCCGAUAUCGACCACCAGUGCACGAUCUGCCGAUUGCAGCGCGAUCCAGCCAAUCUCCCGGCCUGGAUCGAAUUUGUCCAUGGCAGUCAUCGAGUCGUCACUGAGGAUAGGAAAGGGAAUGUAACAGUCCUCAGUGCUGGUAUGGCCCCUGUGGACCUCGGCACUCUUCCCACUGGUCCAUAUCCAGCUGGAACCGCGGUCUCAGAUGAUGGAUUAUUUGUUGUACGAGUCCCGCGAAAUCUCCACAACCCCUGGCAUGCCAACAUGGCGCUCAUAUCUGUCUCGGAGGUUCCAUCCGUUCAGCCUCUCGCCUCUCCUCCUUUCUCCCCGCCUUCUCAUGAGGGUUUAGUCAUUCCACACCGUCGGACGCUUGGUUUUUCUCCAGGAGCACGUUAUGUUGGUGCUUUUGAUGGGUCCCAGGCCGUUACCUGGUCAACGGAAUCAUACCAGUGCAUUGCGGGUUAUCGGGUGACAAACUUCGAACAUUGGAUGAUUAAUCCUAACGUCCCUCCAACACACACAUAUCUCAUCCCCGAUCCUACAUUCACUCGAGCCACUCUUCCCUUGGCAGAAGGGGACACAGCUUGUGCGCCGGGGCAUGACUUUGAUGAGUCCUGGAUCAAGCGCCCAUUUUACGAUCUCUCACCAAGCAAAGGGGUCGAGCCUGGCCGUUUGCCUGCCGCAAUGAGAACCCCAUUGAUUGGUACCUACAGAUCAGUGUGGCUCAAUGGCAGAGAAGAACUCGUACUCCCACGGGCCUAUGGUCCGAUUGAUUAUUCUCGGAAAGUCUGGUACGGUCAUCGAGUGCCAUAUGAUCCUCUGAAGCUUUACCGCCCCCAGUACAGCAGGGAUGGUACUCGAUUUCUAGUGCAGGGAGAGUUACGGGCCCCAAUUGUCGUAGAUAUUAGCCAAGUUGUUUAGUGCGCUCGUUAUUGCCCACUCGUCACACUCCUAGCGAUAGGCUUGGUGACUUUUGCCCUAUUUAGGAUACGGUGUUUGCUCGGUCUUCGUUACGGUUCCCAUGCUGUUUAUUGCUUGGACACUCAUAAACACACCUAACUCGACGCAUGAUAUCAAUCCUUCCAAGUUGUAUUAUUAGAGCAACUUUAUCUUAACAUUGUGACUGGACUGUCGCGUUAUUCAUUGCGCGUAUAAGCUUUUUUCGCCAA